AGCCCGCAUCCUCUCAGCUCUUCUUCGGUGUUUGGAGCUGUGCGGCCGGUGAUGACGAUGAGACUGUCUGCCCAUGGGCAUCCGUACACCUACAAACAGAGUCCUGUGACCUGAGAGAAAAGAGAUAGCUGAUGAAAUAAAGUCAAUACAAGUUUGGAACGACAAGAGGCUCUACCGGGCUGGCAGGCUGGGCGCACCAGUGACCUUAUCGAUUUCAACAGACGGCGUCUGGCGGGUGUCAAAUGCAGAGGUGAACGUCGCAAUCCAGGUUAAAAAGGGAAAGACUGAUCCAUUUUGUGAGUGAUGUGAGAAUUAACUCAAACAUGCACCAACAUAUGCAAGAGCAACCCUUGGAAGGAAGAGCUCGUUGUAAUUAUGUAAAUCUGCCUAUGUUAAAUGGGGACAGACUGAAGACAGCUAAAACUCUAGUGGACAAGGCAAUAAAGGAGAAGAAAGUGUUCUCAGUGCUGGGUCCCUAUCCUGUAAUCCGUGCAGGCCUGCGUGCAAGAGGAUGGGUGGAGCGGCGACUACCACGGCCCUCUGUCCCCCAGCCCCAUCGACAUGAUCUUGAAAAAGAAGCCAUAGAUGAGGGUGACAGCAGUGAUGAAGAUGACUUAGGAGAAGAGGGAGAGAGGGACGAUGAGGCAGAUGAUCUGUACGAUCUAAUGACACGGUUGGUUCGCAAUGAGACACCAUAUUUCUACUGGACAACAAGGAGGGAUUCAAUUGACUGUCGGUCUUUACAUAAAGACCAGAUGACCAAUCAUUACGCAAAGGCGGGAUCUUUCACCACCAAGGUUGGUUUGUGUAUGAAUUUAAGAAAUCUGCAGUGGUUUGAUGCAGCAGAUCCUGAUACAUUCUUCCCACGCUGCUACAGACUGGGGGCGGAGGAUGAUAAACAUGCUUUUAUUGAGGACUUCAGAAGGACUGCAUGCACAAGUCUAUUGCUGUAUGUUUUGGAGAAGUAUGGAGGGGAUUCCGAGUGGGAGAGAACCGGAGAGGUGUAUAAUGCUAAAUCUCAUGGUCUGAGCAAGGCGCGUAAACAGCAUGCCAAUCAGAGGGUUGGAACCUCGAUAAUUGACAAUGCAUUGCAUAUAUGUCAGCAGUAUCUGAACAGUUUAGAACACUGUGACAUAGACAACACUUUGGAAACAAUCCCUACCCUCUCAGAGCAACAGUGGAAGGUGUUUCUUCGGAAUUAUUAUUUAGUUAUUCACGAAGGACUGAUGAUAGAGGGCUGUGAAGUUUAUGUGGAGCAUUGUAAAUGCAUGCUGGAGCAGAUGAGGCGUGUUUGCCCUCAGAUGGAAACUGAUGGACUCUGCAACAUCUGGAUCAUUAAACCUGGGGCCAAGUCACGAGGCAGAGGUAUAAUGUGCAUGAACAGGUUGGAUGAGAUAUUGAGUUUAGUAAAUGCAGACCAUGGCAUCAUGAAGGACAGUAAGUGGGUGGUGCAGAAGUACUUGGAGCGGCCUCUCCUCGUGCAUGACACAAAGUUUGAUGUAAGACAGUGGUUCCUGGUCACAGACUGGAACCCUCUUACUGUGUGGUUCUACCGUGAGUGCUACCUCCGAUUUUCCACCCAGCCUUACUCCACUCAUACAUUGGAUAGUUCUGUACAUCUUUGCAACAACUCCAUCCAGAAGCAUUUUCAACCAAGCCCAGAACGCAAUCCUUGUCUACCCGCUGAGUGCAUGUGGUCAUGUUCACAGUUCCGCUCCUGGUUGGCUGCUUCAGGCCAGGAGGAUCUGUGGGAAGGGGUGGUUGUUCCAGGUAUGCAGAAGGCCGUUAUCCAAACUCUCUUGACUGCACAGGACAGUGUGGAACCUCGCAAAAAUAGUUUUGAGCUCUACGGAGCUGACUUUAUGCUGGGACGGGAUUUGCGACCUUGGCUGUUGGAGAUCAAUGCCAGCCCCACCAUGGCACCCUCCACAGGGGUCACAGCUCGACUCUGCCCCGCUGUACAGGAAGACACUUUGCGGGUGGUGCUGGAUCGACGCUGUGACCGCAACACUCACACUGGUGGCUUCCAACUCAUAUACAAACAGGCAGCAGUAGAAGUUCCUCAGUAUGUGGGAGUGAAUCUUCUUGUAGAGGGGACUUCAAUCAGGCGUCCUCGAGCCCCUGUUAACAAGCCUCUUAUUCAGUCUCACCCUGAUCCGCUAUCAAAAUCCAGCAGUCACAAAUCUUCACUCAUAAGCAGCCAUUGCAUUUCUGGUAAGGAGAACCAAUCAGAAGAGGUAAAGAAGGCCUGGCCUACCCUCUCCUCCCGUAAAGUCACGUUAGAGAAAUCUUUGAUCUAUCAACCUAAACUGAGGAAAUGUCCCAACAGACUCGUCUUGCCCUCAACCUGUUGUGUCCUUCCCAACCCAGCAGAACUUCAUCCUCAAAAGCUCUCACACACUCACACCCAGCCCAAUCAGCCCCCUACACACAGAACACGCAGCAACCUUCCAUCGCUUUACCGUCCAACCCUAUCACUGGACGUAAUAAAUCUACGACCCAGACAAACACUCACUUCCGGUCACUACAAACAUGAAACACAUACAGUCAGUAUAUCUUAUCCUGUCUUGCGCAUGCAGAAAUACCUGUCGCUAAACCAUAGACUGACCAUGGACACUUUUACGGAGAGAGAAGGUCAGAAGUCAUCCUGUGGAAAAACAUGAUUUCAUUCAAACAGAUUCUUGUGUGAUAAUAUGAUCUAAAAGGAAUGAAUAAGUUUUAGAUCACAUCAGUUGUAUUGUGAGUUUAUAUUUUAAUGCACUGUAUUUAAAACCCAUAUACCUUGGCAAUCUACUGUCAGAAAUAAGAAAGAGAACAGCAUAUUCGUUGAGGAAGAGGAUUCCAGCAGGAUUCCAGGGUCUGUUAAGUUCCAAAAAAGACCAAAAAGCACAUAAAAAUUUCAUUUGACUAUACAACAGCUUGUAGAAUUUUGACUUUGUGGGAAAACACAUCUUUAACAUAAUGUAUGAAAUUUAAUGUAAGAUAUACAGUAGUACUAUUAUGGAAUGCCUAGUUCUGUAAUAUAUUGAAAUGGGAAUCUUGACUGUACUGUAGUAUUAAGCUUAAUGGUGCUAAAUUUUGUAUUCUCCAGAAACAAUCAGGAUGUUUCCUUAUGAGCUGUUUGUUCAGUGUUACUGGAAACACUAGUGACAUUCUCAAAAUGUUGACAUUUUAUGUAAUUUGAGUCAAGCUAAGUAGCAAUUACAGUUUUAUAUAACUAAUUUUGCACUGUUAUGUUGGUAAACCUUUAACCAAACUCACCACUAGAUGGAGGUAGCAUUCAUCUUCUUAAUUUUUAUCACGGCUCAUCAUCAUGGGUAUAAAUAAUAUAGUAUCUUUACAUACUACAGCCACUAAGAUGGUUCGUUAUAAUAUGUGUUAAUACAGUUUGGUAUGUCAUAAUGUCAAAAGGACAGGGUUUUAAGGACAUUUUUGUAUUUUUGCAUAAACUUGAUCAUCCUGAUCAUCUAAAAUAAAAGGGAACACUUGAAAUCUCUGAAA